UGGUGGGCUUUGAAAUUUCCUUUUUUCAAUUUUCGUUUCCCUUUCCGUCGCUACACCAAUAAAGAGGAAGGUACAAUCAUCAUAGCAAAACACACCACUUCCAAAUUCGUCAAUAUAGAAAGCAAGAGUCAAGAUUUCCUUUUGUUUUGAAAAAAAUCAGAGAGCAAAGUAAUUUCAACAGGAAAAAAGAGGGGAUUGGAUUUGGUCAAACUCAAACCCAAUCCUCUCCCUUGUUCCUUCUUCCAGCUCCCGCCUCCUCUGCCCCCUUGUCCUUUCUCCACUCUCUCUUUCUCUCUCUUCUUUUUUCUCUCUCAUCAGAGAUCUCCGAUUCUGCUUCUUCAGAUCCGAUCCAAAUAUGAUCACCAUUCCAUAUCUGACCGCCUUGACAACUUACUUCAGCUAUGGCCUGCUCUUCGCCUUUGGCCAAUUCCGUGAUUUCUUCAGAAAAAUCUUUGAUUGGUGGAAGGCCAGCAAUCUUCAGGGAUAUGCUCCGAUCUGCUUAGGACUUGAAGAUUUCUACAUCCGCCGAUUGUAUCUUCGCAUUCAGGAUUGUUUUGGACGGCCAAUAUGUAGUCCUCCUGAUGCUUGGUUCGAUGUGGUGGAGCGUGUGUCCAAUGACAAUAACAAGACACUAAAGCGGACCACCAAAGUUUCAAGGUGCCUAAACUUGGGUUCAUACAAUUACCUUGGUUUUGCUGCAUCUGAUGAAUAUUGUACACCUCGCGUCAUUGAGUCUUUGAAAAAGUUUUCUGCAAGCACUUGCAGUUCCCGAGUAGAUGGAGGUACCACAAGCAUCCAUACGGAAUUGGAAGAAUGUGUGGCUAAUUUUGUUGGCAAGCCAGCUGCCAUCGUUACAGGCAUGGGUUAUGUAACAAAUUCAGCCAUACUUCCUGUUUUGAUUGGGAAGGGAGGUUUGAUUAUCAGCGACUCUCUCAACCACAACUCUAUUGUAAAUGGUGCUCGAGGGUCUGGAGCUACUAUUCGUGUUUUUCAACAUAACACACCUUCUCACUUGGAGAAGGUUUUAAGAGAACAUAUUGCUGAGGGACAACCCAGAACACACAGGCCGUGGAAGAAGAUAAUUGUUAUAGUGGAGGGCAUAUACAGCAUGGAAGGGGAGCUAUGCCAGCUUCCGGAGAUUGUUGCCAUAUGCAAGAAAUACAAGGCAUAUGUUUAUUUGGAUGAGGCUCACAGCAUUGGAGCUGUUGGAAAAACAGGAAGGGGGGUCUGUGAGCUCCUGGGAGUUGACACGGCUGAUGUGGACAUUAUGAUGGGAACUUUCACAAAGUCAUUUGGUUCUUGUGGGGGUUAUAUUGCUGGAUCCAAAGAACUUAUUGAAUUUUUGAAGUACACUUGCCCAGCUCAUCUGUAUGCCACAUCAAUAUCACCUCCAGCUGCCCAACAAAUCAUUUCUGCUAUCAAGGUUAUACUUGGUGAAGAUGGUUCUAGUAGAGGGGCUCAAAAACUGGCACGCAUUCGUGAAAAUAGCAAUUUUUUCCGAUCAGAACUGCAGAAGAUGGGUUUUGAAGUCCUUGGGGACAAUGAUUCUCCUGUGAUGCCCAUCAUGCUCUACAAUCCUGCAAAAAUACCCGCUUUUUCACGGGAAUGUCUCAAACAGAAUGUGGCCGUAGUGAUUGUUGGUUUUCCAGCAACCCCUUUACUUUUGGCCAGAGCACGCAUAUGUAUUUCUGCUGCUCACUCACGGGAAGAUCUUAACAAAGCACUGGAGGUUAUCAGCAGAGUUGGUGAUGUAGUUGGCAUAAAAUACUUCCCCGCUGAGCCCAAGAAACAACAGCUAGAAGAAAACAGAGUCAAGCUGGAAUGAUUACUUUAGUUUUAUUUUAGUUCUCCGAAGGAGUUUCCGAGCUGUUGUUUAUUGUUCAUGUAUGAUUUUGAAAUCCUUUGGAUAUGAUGUGUGAAAAUUUUGUCGUUUCCUUGUACAGAAAGUUGUAACUUAUUAAUUAUAGUCUUAAGUUUUUACCUUAACGUAA